AUGUGUAUUACAUCUUCAUCAACAAUUAUCAAUAGUUACUAUUAUGUUUUAAUAGCACUAUUCAUUACAACGACUUGUAGCUAUGUUAUAGAACCGGAUGAUUUGAGAAAUAGUUUUACUGAUCAACAAUUUGGAUUGAAUAGACCUUCGUUUUAUAAUCGUGUUUUUCGUUCAACAAAAUUUCCACGUAUUGGUCGGUCAACAUCUGAUAUAGAAGACAUGUUUCCUAUUUUCGAUACAAAUCCAAAUGUUGAAGAUAAUGAAGAAAAUAAUAAUGAUAAUGAAUCACGAUGGAUGGAACAACGUAGUGUCCUUUUUCCACGCAUUGGUAAACGUACAGAUCAUAAUUUAGUUUGGACACAUAGUUUAUCAAAUCCACAUCAUAUAUUAGAUGCACAAGGUCAAUAUCAUCCUAAAAAUGGUUAUGAUUAUCAUAAUCAUCAAAAUCAACCAACAUCAAUGAUACAUUAUCAAGGCAAAUAA